AACGAGGAGGAGGAGUCAGAAGAAGAAGAGCGGCAGAGGGGUUGAAUGACGAUAACGGCAGGGAUCGGGUACGCCUUGAUAGCGCUGGGCCCUUCUCUCUCCCUUUUCAUCUCCGUCAUCUCCAAAAAGCCCUUCUUGGUUCUCACCGUCCUCUCCAGUACAUUGCUAUGGCUGGUGAGCCUGAUCAUGCUGUCGGGAGUGUGGAGGGCAUUUCUGCCUCUGAGCUCAUCCGCGUGGUGGCCCUAUUCUCUCCUCAUAUUCACCUCUGUUCUCUUCCAAGAAGCCCUUCGCCUUCUCUUCUGGAAGGUCUACAAGAAGCUGGAAGAUGCCUUAGAUGCAUUUGCUGAUAGAGUUUCUAAACCACGCCUAUAUCUGACUGAUAAGAUGCAAAUUGCUCUAGCUGGUGGUUUGGGUCAUGGCGUGGCGCAUGCAGUGUUCUUUUGUGUGAGUCUCUUAACACCAGCAUUUGGUCCAGGAACCUUUUUUGUGGAUAGGUGCUCAAAGAUACCUUUUUUUCUUCUUUCUGCUAUCAUGGCUCUUGCAUUUGUUACAAUUCACACAUUUUCAAUGGUCAUUGCAUUUAAUGGAUAUGCAGAAGGCAAUAAAGUGGAUCAGAUCUUUGUACCUUUAGUUCAUCUUGCUGCAGGGAUGGGGACACUAGUUAAUUUUGCAUAUGGAGGAUGUAUUAUCGGUAUUCCUUUCCUCUACUUCAUCGCUGUAUUAACCUUAUUGCAUUGUGGGAAGAUGGUUUGGAGAAGGUUAACAGAGAACAGACACAGUCCGCCCAUGUAGAAUCCAGUCACUUGUCUAUUUCUUCAUUCUGAUUACCAAUGUGAAGUUCACUUGCCAGUUGGCCUUACCUAUUAAUCCUAAAAAUUGAAGGUCAACUACUGCUGCCUGAAGAAAUGUUUUGUUACUUUUAAGGGUUACUGCAUUCGGCAUUUUGUUGCAAAGAACAAGUUGUGUGUUCUGAUAUGUAGGGAUAAUUGAUUGUUUCAAACAGCAAACUUCAGUAUCUCACAAAUCAAACCGUAUGUACAUUUUAGAUGUCUGUAAACGUUACAUUUGGUCCAUUGACAAUAUGACAUAGCCUUGAGAGGAGUUGAAUGGAAUUAAUCAUGUCUGUGGA